UUGGACACCGGAAGUGGCUCGCCGAGACCACGGAGGCCGAGGUCACCUAUGGUUCUGCUUCCGGCUUGUCUCGGGGGUGGGAGGGCGCCAUGGCGACAGCAAGUGGACUGACGUUAAGCAGAUGGCGCCGCAGUCUUCGAGUGGUUCCCCAACCCCGUGCCCUUGCAGCCCUCGUUCCCAGCGUGACCCAUGUAGAUAACAAGUCCGAUUUUCUGGGGAAGAAGCCCCACCGGCAGCACCCUGGCAUCCUGCAGCUCCCGUAUGUGCGGCUGCCGCAGGCGCUGGCUCGGGCCGCGCAGUCGCUGCUGCUCGAGAGCACAGUGUCCAGUGUAGAGGAGAAAGUGCAAACGCUGACCAAUUAUCUCUGGAGCCGACAUUUGCCUAUAGAGCCAGAGGAGUUGCAGAGACGGGCUAUGCAUCUUGAGAAAAAAUUCCUGGAAAAUCCAGGCUCACCGCAGACAGAGGAGAAACUCCACGGAGCUGUGUUACGUGCCCUACGCAGAACUACCUACCACUGGCAGGAACUGAGCUACAGUGAGGAACUGAGCCUGGUGUACAUGGCAGCAAGACUGGAUGGUGGCUUUGCAGCAGUUUCCAGGGCGUUCCAUGAGAUCCAUACUCGAACUCCACAGUUCCAGCCACAAACCUUGAUGGACUUUGGCUCUGGUACUGGUUCUGUCACCUGGGCUGCUCACGCUGCUUGGGGCCAGAGCCUCCGUGAAUAUGUGUGUGUGGACAGCUCAGCUGCCAUGUUGAAUUUGGCAGAGAAACUACUGAAAGGUGGUUCAGAAUCGGGGAAGUCUUAUGUUCCAGGUGUCUUUUUCAGACAGUUCCUACCUGUAUCACCCAAGGUGCAGUUCGAUGUGGUAGUCGCAGCCUUUGCCCUGAGUGAACUGCCCAGCGCGGCUGACCGCGCCUCGGUGCUCCACACUCUAUGGCGUAAGACGAGCCAUUUUCUGGUACUGGUAGAGAAUGGAACAAAAGCUGGGCACCGGCUUCUCAUGGAUGCCAGGGACUUGGUCCUCAAGGGAGAAAAGAAGUCACCUUUGGACCCUCGUCCUGGGUUCGUCUUUGCCCCGUGUCCCCAUGAACUCCCUUGUCCUCAGUUGACGGCCUCUCAGCCCCUUGCCUGUAGCUUCUCGCAGGGUUACCAUCCCAUCCCCUUCAGCUGGAAUAAGAAACCAAAAGAGGAAAAGUUCUCUAUGGUGAUUCUUGCCCGAGGCUUUCCAGAAGACACUAAUCGCUGGCCACGAAUCACUCAGCCCGUCCUCAGACGGCCCCGCCAUGUCCACUGUCACCUGUGCUGUCCAGACGGGCAGAUGCAGCACGCCGUCAUCACAUCCCGCCGGCAUGGCAGGGAUCUGUACCGAUGUGCCCGUGCCAGUUCCUGGGGAGACCUUUUACCUGUGACCACUCCACCCAAGUCUCCACCCCCCGAGCAGGAUCCACCCAACAGCUGACAGGAAUGUGUGUCUGUCUGUAACCAGUGUUUUCUCUCAGACCUGCUGAGACCAGAACUACCUGGUAUCCAGGAAGGUCAGCUUAGCCUCAUACCAGUGAUCCUGGUACUCCUGAAAUUGUGCCCCAUUGAGGCUGUGACCCCCUGUAUAUCUAUAUUUGUUUGAAAUUUUAAUAAAAUAAAUUUUUAAAGAAUA